AUGGCGGAAGAGGAUGGCUCCGCAAGCUACUCGGGUAGCUCCUGCAGUAGGAGUCGCUCCCGCUCUGCGCCUCGAAGCUGUAAGCUCGGCAUUGGUGCGCUGGUGGAGGUACGCGGCUUGGAGAAGUCGGUGCAUCUGAAUGACCGACAAGGAGUGCUGACUGCCCCUGCAAGCAAGCCACUCCGAUGGGUGGUCCUCUUCCUCGAUGCUAAGGGAGAGGCCGAUUCAGAAACGCAGCGUGUGGCUGUGCCUGAAGACAAGUUGCAGCUAGUGGCGGCGAAUCCGGAGACUGUGCGUCUGCGGUUUCGCAACGUCCCGGAGGGCUAUACUUCGGCCCUCAUGAAGGAGGAGUUGGAGGAGGAGGGUUUCAGUGUCGGUGACAACUGCAGCGGCGUGGUCUACGAUCCGCAGGAGCACCACUGCUAUGUUACUGCGAUGUCUCCCCAGGUGGCACGGCAGAUCGUCGCCAACUUCGAUGGACGGCGCCUCGAGCGAUGCGGUCCGGGUGUUUUGCCCGACUCGUGCUUGGUGCAAAAUGUGAAGCUGGAGUGGCUGUAG